AUGGACUCUACUCUUGAUUCAGAGGAAGAAGAAGAUGAAAACGACUUAGUGGCGUCAGGCCAAGAACUUUACGGUUACACCGAUGAUGUGAAUGACGACGACUCAGACGAGUGUGAGGAGCUGGAACCGACAUUGAAGAGGAAAGGAAACAACGAGGAUGAUGAUUCUUCUAAGUUGUAUAAGCGUGUUCGGUUUAGUUAUGAUUUCGGAGACGACAAAGGUUCUGGUUCCUCAAGCGAGACAGAGUAUCUAUCUGGGAUUCCAGAUUAUAUGAGGAAUCCAACGAAAUACACAAGAUAUACAUUCGAAGAAUGUGAGGAAGUAGAUGAAGAAUAUAACCGGAGAGCGUACAUGGAGUUUCUCAACAUGUUAAGGAGCAAAGACGAGGCUAUGGUUGUUGAUGAUGAGACUCUCGUUGAGUUUCCAAGAUCAGUGGCUUUUGCACCAAAGAGCAAACCAACGCCAUGGGAGACAAUAGAAGAAGACGGCUACGUGUCUGCCAUGGAAGAAGAUGAAACUGAAACAGCUCUCAGUGUCAUUACAAGACACGGCCGUCGUCAAUAUCGAGCCAGAGACAAGGAAGAUCAAGAGGAAUGA